AGAACAGCUGAACAGUUUAUGUAGUUGAGCUGAGUCGACUUGACUAUUUCACUUAGUUUUGCUUAUUGCAUAUAUAUCGUACGAUAAGUAAUUGCGUUUGUACGUAGUAUCGGCUUUACAGUACUGAGUACUCACAAGUCAGUAACAGUUGUGACAUUGUGCAAAGUGGGUAAAAAAUAAACCAUACUUCAAAAAAUUCAAAUAAUUAUUUUUAAAAUUUUAUUUAAAUUCGUAUUUUUUACGCCCUCUGUUUAAAAUUAAUUAUUUCAUAAUUGGAUUUAAACCCGACCGGUUUUGGUGUCAACUCAUAGUUUGGAGCUCAUGCAUAUGUAUACGUACACUUAAAUAUAUAUGUAUAUAUAUUUGUUAAAUAUAUAUGUGUAUGGAGACAUAGAUAUAAAAGUUUAAAAAGUGCGUGGGCUGACAAGGGAUUUGAAAGCUUGUAGGAAUCACAGCUAGGUCAGCUGCUGGGCAUGUGGAAUCGUAAAUUUCAGUGGUAACGAGUACUCGAAUAUGAUGGAAGAGGAAAUAAAAUCAAACAUGAGCUGUGAAGUUAAUUACGAAAACGGAGAAGAUAAAUCGACGGGUUCGCGAGAUGAUUCUCCAGUAGUAUUCCCGUCGAUAUACCGCGAAGCGCCAUUCAGUGAUGACCCGGAGGCCAUCGCCGAGCUGGAAGCCUGUGAUUAUGCUGAUAAAAUCACCAUCAAGAUGGCCAAGAGCGGCAAAGCAUCCAGGCGGGUCAGAGUUUACGCUGAUGGGAUUUACGAUCUGUUCCAUCAAGGGCACGCACGUCAACUCAUGCAGGCGAAAAAUAUUUUCCCAAAUGUCUACUUGAUUGUCGGCGUUUGUAACGACGAAUUGACUCAUAUGAAAAAAGGUCGAACCGUUAUGACGGAUGACGAAAGAUAUGAAGCAGUACGGCAUUGCCGUUACGUUGAUGAAGUAGUGCGAGACGCACCAUGGGAAUUAGAUGAGGAAUAUCUAGCUAAACAUAAAAUAGACUUUGUAGCUCACGAUGACAUCCCGUAUUCGACUGAUGAAGCUGAUGAUGUGUACGCGUCGAUAAAAGCCAAGGGUAUGUUUGUAGCAACGCAAAGAACUGAAGGUGUCUCGACAUCAGACAUCGUUGCGAGAAUCGUCAAAGACUAUGAUAUUUAUGUCAGAAGAAAUUUAGCUAGAGGAUACAGCGCCAAGGAGCUGAAUGUCUCGUUUUUAAGUGAAAAGAAGUUCAGGUUACAGAACAAAUUCGAUGACUUAAAAGACAAGGGGAAGCGUGUGAUGGAAAACAUUGAGGAAAAACGUAUGGACAUGAUAAGUAAAUGGGAGGAAAAAUCUCGUGAUUUUAUUGAUGCCUUUUUAUUAUUAUUUGGCAGAGAAGGUCGAUUGUCGACAAUCUGGAACGAAAGUAAAGGUCGAUUAAUGCAGGCACUUUCACCCCCAGCAAGUCCUAAAAGAGCGGGUAGUCCAAAUGGAAGUAGUAGUAGUAAUAAUGACGAUGAUCAAGUCAGUCCACCACCAAAGAAAACUGGUCGUUAUGAUUUCCCAAAUAAUAGUAAUCACUAUCUAAGUGAUGAUUACAGUGAUGACGAAGAAAUAAAUUCACAUUCCAAAUAAUUAGAAAUUUAGUUUAUUAUUUAAUUCGUAAUAUUUUUAUCUGAACAAUCUUUGAUAUUUGUAAUAAAUUGAUAUUUAGACUCAUGUUAAAGCCUAGAAAUAUUCUAGAAUUUUUUCUUUAUUUUUUAUUUCAAAUUAAUUGACUUGUAAUUUAUUUAUUGUAAAGAUGGAAGGAAAAUAGCACAAUUAGGUUGCAAUUAUGACUUUCAAAGUUAGUAUUGAAUUUUAAAGUAAUUGCAUUAUCAAAUGACCUAGUCAGUUGUUAUUGCAUUAAAUAUUUAUAACAAAAACGUUUAGAAAAAUUGAUAGAUUAUUUUUUUUUAUUUUAUUAUAUUUUUUUUUUUAAUUAAGCACAUCAAGUUGUUGACUUUUGUGAUCUGUAUCAAUCAGAAUUUGUUUGUUACACCACUAGCUUUUUUUUAACUCAUAUUUUAUGUGUAAUCCAGUGAAUGAAUUGAUAACUUUGUAAUUAAAUUAGGAUUUAUUAAAAUAAUUUAUUGUGCGCGUGAAAAAAAAGUGUUUCACAUGCGAGAGAAGUGACAUACAUAUAUACAAAUAUUUAUUUUUGCUAUAAUUGUCCGUUGAUAAGAUAAUUUACACCGCUGUUAGUCUCGUCAACGCACCAAGUUGUUCAUCUAUUAUUAUUAUUUUAUAUUUUAGUUACUAAAUGUUAAUUUAUCCACAAUAAAAUAUUAGUGUGGAUGUAUUCGACAUCAGACAAAUUUCAAAUUACAAAUAAAUGGAGUAAAUAAUAAAAAAAAAAAAAUAUUUAUAAAAUAUGCUCUUGUUAAUUUCAAAACUUUUUAAAUGCGCAUUUUUAAAAAUUUUAUUUCACUAAUUAUUUACUCGAUUUAUUAAUAAUUUAAAAUUUGUCUGAUGUCUGGUACAUUCACACUCAUAAUAAAAUAUAAUAAAAUGGCAGCUUAAUUUUUAAUUAGUAUAUUAGCUUAAAAAUAUACUAGAUGCUUAAUAAAUUAAUGGCCCAAUUAAUACGUAGGUUAAUUUAUGUUUUAAAUAAACAAAAGUUGAUAAUUGUCAUCGUGAUAAAAGGGCCAUAAUUAACCAUUGGUGCCUAAAAAAUUCAACUUAGUAAUUAAGCGCCCAUACAAUGUAAUAGUGUGUACAUUUUUUAUGAGACUAAAUGGAAAAACAAACAAAAAAACAAA